AUGGCCAUCGCCUCUGCCGCAAAACCAAGCCAGAAGUCAUCUUUUGAAAGAGAAGGAUGGUGGAGAAUAGCAUUAACAAGCACUCCUAAUCCUGGCACUUACCACUUGAAAACUUUUAUUGAAGAAUCUCUAUUAAAUCCAGUGAUAGCAACAUACAGUUUUAAAAAUGAAGGAAGGAAAAAACCACCUCUUCUGCAAAGAAACGAUCUGGUACUAAAUGACCUUCCCCAGUACAUGCCUCCUGACUUCUUGGACUUGUUAAAGAAGCAAGUGGCCACCUACUCGUUUAAAGACAAACCACGGUCACACCCCAGCACCCUGGUUUACAGAGAUCAGUCAGUUCAGCUUUCGCCAGGACAAUACGAGCUACUUCCCGCACCAGUUCCCAAGCAUGCUUCCAGGAGCUUUGUAUUUCGUUCUACAGUGCAAAGUUUUCCAACAGGCUGCUUCACUCCUCGUGAAGGCCCAGGACCAGGUCAUUAUAACUUGAAAACACCUUCAGUAAGUUCUGUUACUUCCUGUUUUCAAUCCAGAGUACCUCGAUUCUUGCCUGCCUGUUCAAAAACGCCAGGCCCAGGAGCAUACACAUCUUCAGCACAAUUCCCCAAGCAGCCCCGGACCACAGCCAAAAUGGGCCGAGAACAUAGCCUUUUCUUCAACAACAAUUGGCUUUUAAAAUAA